GAAGAAAGCAUUGGAGUGUAGUGUCAAUUGCGUAGUAGAUAAUAAUACAAUUAUAAUCCCUCUCUUCGCUUCUUGCUUCCAACACAACACAACAUUACUCAAAGUAAUUCUGUUCUGUUCUGUUGGUUGUAGAAGUAGAAGUUAGUCUGUAGGUUUUGUGGGUUUGUGAUAUCGGUUGAGGAAAGUGAAUGCCUAUGAUCCAUCAUCUGACAACAACCACCACCACCCUCUUCAUCAAAUCUUCACUCCCUUUCGCAUACCAUGCUCCAUUUCAAUAUGAAUAUCAUAAUGAACAAAACCCUAGACCUAGACCUAGACCUAGACCUAGGAGGAGGCGCUCCAUUUCCCAGUGGUCAAUCCCUCGCUGCUGCAAAAAAGAGCAAGUGUAUCCUAAUCCUCCAACUCCAAGGGCCAAGCGAAGCUCAAACGUAGGAAUUAUAACAGCCACAGGGAAAUCAAAAGAAAUAGAUGUGGCCACUUUGGGAAAUCUGUGCGUUGAUAUUGUGCUUAAUGUUCCCGAAUUGCCCCCCAAUGACCCUGCUCUUCGCAAGCUCUACAUGGAUCGCUUAUCAGCUUCACCGCCCGAUAAGCAAUACUGGGAAGCCGGUGGUAAUUGCAAUAUGGCAAUAGCAGCAGGUCGGGUUGGACUUGAUUGUAUAACAAUUGGUCAUGUCGGUAACGACAUUUAUGGACGCUUCCUCCUAGACGUCCUUCGUAAUGAGGGUAUUUCUAUGGUUGGAAUGAUGACCCCCCCCACUCAACUACAUUCUGAUCAUCUUCUUCAUGUUGCCUCUUCUUAUCAAACACUUCUCUGCUGGGUUCUUGUUGACCCUUUACAAAGACAUGGUUUUUGCAGUCGAGCUGAUUUCAGUGACCAGCCUGCUUUCAGUUGGUUGACCACACUCUCCAACCAUGUCAAGAUGGCCAUUCAAAACUCAAAGAUCCUCUUUUGUAAUGGUUAUGGCUUUGAUGAGCUUUCCCCCCACCUGCUUACCUCUGCUCUACAAUAUGCUGUUGAAGUUGGGACUUGUGUUUUUUUCGAUCCUGGACCCCGUGGAAACACUCUUUCCAAUGGAACUCCCCAACAACAGACAGCCCUUUCCCACUUCUUAACAAUGAGCGACGUUCUCCUUCUCACUUCUGAUGAGGCUCAAGCACUGACGGGCAUAAAAAAUCCAAUAUUAGCAGGGCAGGAGCUGCUCAAGAAAGGUGUGCGCACAAAAUGGGUGAUUGUUAAGAUGGGUUCAAAGGGUUCAAUUAUAAUCUCUAUGUCAAGUAUAUCUUGUGCUCCUGCAUUCAAGGUGAAUGUUAUUGACACUGUGGGGUGCGGAGAUAGUUUUGUGGCUGCUAUUGCAUUUGGUUUUAUACACAAUAUGCCCAUGGUUAGUUCAUUAGCACUCGCAAAUGCAGUGGGUGCUGCAACUGCCAUGGGUUGUGGUGCAGGUAGGAAUGUAGCAACCUUGCAGAGAGUAAUAGAACUCAUGAAGACUGCAGAGCUCAAUGAGGAUGAAGAAUUUUGGAAUGAACUGCUUGCUGAAAAUGUGGACACUGAAGAAAUUACAUUUCUCUCGAAAUUUGUUGUUAAUGGAAACAACCACCAGUUGAACCGUAUUGCACUACAAAAGGUGGUCUCGGAACUGCUACCUAAGCUUGAAUCUUCACCUGUGGAGGGAAAAGUGCCAUCUUGAUAGAUUAGGAAACAUGGCAACUUUCCAGCAAUGGACAUAGAUUUUAUAAGAACCAAUGCAUUCUCUCAGUUGGUUGCACUCACAAUUUACUACCUUGAAAUGAGGCCUGGGUAGGAGACAAUAAACACAGAUUGGAUUCAUCUCCAUUCAAAUCAGAUGAGGUAAUUGUUGGGUAUCAAAUUAGUUGAAGGGGCGAGCAAUGUUGCAUAGCCUGUUUUACUGUUCGGAUUUUAGGUGAAAGUUUUGCUUUUUAUAGGUUAGCAGCUAUGCUUCAACGUACCAAAGAGUUUUACAUCUGAAUUGGGUUUCUGCAAGCAACUUAUUCAUGAUUUUGUAGAUUUUUUUUUUUUUUUUUUUUUUUUUUUUUUUGCACCAUUGCAAUAAGAAUGCUUCCCAAGUAGGUACCUGAAUCUCCUUGUGUAAAGUUGGCAUUGUAAUGUGAUACUUCAAUAGCAUAAAGGAAGCAAUUUUCCCUGUA